UGCUCCAGCACAAAGUGCAUCGUUUACUUGAUAGCGUCCAUGCCAAAGAGCUCCAAAGUUUAACAGUUUUGAACUUUUCUGAACUGCAAGAGUGUCUCAGAAGACCCCAGUCUUACGUUUUGUCAUAACAUUUAUCAAACAGAACGGAACUGGAGCACAAUGUCUAUGAAAUGGGUGCUGGUUGUUCCUUUGAUGGUGAUGCUCCUCUUAGGCUCAGCUUCCAGUGGGAAUGUUCUGGUCUGGCCAGCUAACAAUAGUCAUUGGAUGAACAUCAAAUCUAUCAUUCAUGAGCUUACAGCCAGGGGCCAUCAAGUGACAGUUCUGCUGCCUUCCUUCUACCAGGAAGCUGAAUCAAGUGGACCUUCCAACUUCCACCUGGAAGUGAUCUCUGUUCCAUUCUCAAAGAAGGACAUGGAUAAUUUUCUGCAGGACUUCAUCCAUGUAUGGUCUUAUGAGAAGCAUGAAAAACCUUUUUGAGAGUUUUCCAUUACGUUGUAUGACUUAAUAGUGCAACUUAUGUCCAUUUACAAGCUUUGCUGUGACAGUGUGUUUGGGAAUGAGAAGCUGCUACAAAAGUUGGAGUCUGCUGCGUUUGAUGUCCUCAUCUCAGACCCAGCCAUAGUAGGAGGGGAACUGCUAGCUGAGAAACUUCAUAUUCCAUUUCUAUAUUCUUUACGGGUUACUUUUGGAAACACGAUGGAACGUAUUUGUGGCAAUAUCCCAGCUCCACCAUCAUAUGUGCCAGCCAGCAUGGGAGAGCUAACGGACAGAAUGUCUUUCAUGGAGAGGAUGGCAAACAUGCUCACUUACUUUUCACAUGACAUCAUGUUCCAUCGUUUGAUCUACAAAGAAUGGAAUAAAUAUUACAGUAAUGUUCUAGUUAUCAAUCAGUUUGGUUAA